AUGGCACCAGGACUUAUUGACUCGGGAAUUACUUCCGAAUCCUCAACUUCGCCAAACGGAGCCAACAAGCAAACCGUUUAUCUACUAGAUACGUUACAUCCUCAAGCCAUCGAACGCGCCCGGUCGUUAUUCAACACUAUACUACCUUCAGACCCCAAGCACGCAGAGUGGAGAGAGCAUGCUGAAUACCUGGUGAUUCGCGGAUCGUACCUGACCACAGAAGACGUCGAAGCAUGCAAGAACCUGAAAGCCAUCGGGAAACAGGGUGUCGGGACCGACAAGAUUGAUGGAGAAGCCUGCAAAGCGCGCGGAAUCAAGAUCUUCAACACGCCUGGAGUCAAUGCGCAGUCUGUCGCCGAAACAGUCCUUUCGCUCACGAUGUCUGUAGCUCGUGAGACUGGUCGCAUCAUAGCGCUACAGAGUGUUGGCAUCAAGGUACCGAAAGAAACUUGCUCCAGCUUGAUCAUCAACGACAAGACGGUCGGCAUCGUGGGUAUGGGGAACAUCGGGCGGAAAGUCGCAUAA